AUGGAGUUGCUUGGUAUACAGGAAGAGCAGGCGUGUAGGGGGCCAGUGCUAACGGGUACAUACCAGGAGCCAAAUGUCACUGCCACAAGUUGGACGCACGUCCCCGGCAGCCUCGAAGACAUCGACGUCGGCACAGACAUCGUCGUCGGCCUCAACAGCCUGUAUGCGCCUUUUUACAGAAAGAAUAUCACACGCGAAAAUCCUACAGGGACGAGCUGGGUCCAACUGGACGGUCAUUUCAAAUACCUGACUGCGACACCUCAUGGCGCCAUCUGGGGACUUGAUGAAGAUUAUUCGUUAAGGUGUUUUUUUUUUUUUUUUGGCAGAUGUAGGAAAUCCACUUGUCAGUUGUCUGCUCCUCAUUCUGGUAUUUGUCAAGGAGCCUCACCAUCUGUCAAACUAAGUCACCUUACUUGGUAUCGAAGGUGGCCUAUCUGGUUCCGGGAUGGAAUUAGCUUGGACAAUCCAGGGGGAACUGGUUGGCAGAAGGUUGAUGGGCGCUUCCACCAGAUUUCUGCAGGACCGUCUGGCGUGUGGACAGUCGACUUCAACGAAAUUUAUUACCGAGAGGGAACCUAUGGGGGAAACAUCACUAUGGGCAGUGGAUGGACCAAAGUAGAUGGAAAUCUUAGGUACGUCGCUUCCGGUUCAGAUGUUGUGGUUGCUGUGAACGGGUGGAAGCAGCUCUUACGCAGAACUGGAAUCAGUGAAACAAAUCCCACAGGAGAUCAAUGGGUGCCCAUGGAUGGACAACUGUACAGGAUUGACGAGUAUGGCGGUACUAUGUGGGGGGUUACGACAAGAUGGAAUACCUUUACAUCGCCCACCAACUAACACGUCACCAUAAGCAACAACCUCUUGAUUCUGUUUUCGAUGGUUGCAAUUUCAAAAUAAAAUCUGAAACUUCGGCUUUUAACAAUAAAAAGUUAUUUUAUCUGAGAUAG